AAGAGAAACCAAACCAGUAAAAGCAUCAACCAGAACUAACCGAACUAUAUCGAUCCAUUCUUUCAAGAUCAACAAUGGCGGAGGAAGAGCAGAAGAACAACACCAAGAAGAGAUUCAUUGUCGAAUCCCUCGGAUGGCUUACGGAAUCUUCAAUUAUGCCGAGAAAACACCGCGCCAUCGCCGGCGUCGGAGCUUCCUCCAUCGUCGACCUCAAAGCCCAGCUCUACCAGUCCCAAGAGGAAGCCAAGAAGGCCAGGGACCUAUCCGGCUCCGAUGCCGAUUGCUACCGUGCUAAAAAGAAGAUCUCUUCUCAUGACCCUUUGUCCGCCAAGAACUCUGGCGUUGAUGCCCGUGCUUUAAAGGACAAGCUUGAGCUGAAGGCAGUUAAGGAUGGAUCAGCUAGCUAUGCUGCAUUAGAGAGGAAGGCUGAAUUAUAUGAGAAGCUAAUGAAGGGGGAAUUGUCCGAUGAGGAAGAUAAGGAGAAGUAUUCUGUGAAUUUUUUUGCCAAGAGGCUUGAGGAUGAUGAGUCACAGAAGACUCAACAGCCUGAUUCUUCUGAUGCAGUACCACCAGAAAAUGAAGAUGGUGACAAUGAUGGUUCUUUACUGUUUAACAUGAAACCUGUGGGACUCGGCCGAGCAGCCUCAACAAUGGACAAUAAUGAGCACAAGCGUUUUGUAAGGGAAGUACAUCAAGAAGCAAAUCAAGCAAGAGAGAAGGCAUCUGAGCUCAAAUCAAGAAGAGAAGAACAGGCGGUUGCCCGUCGCGAAAAACUAAAACAGGCCUAUCUGCGAAAACAAUUAGAGAAGAAACUGAAAGCUGCAUCAAGUACUGAGAAAACAUGAUAUAAGAUUAGGAUGGUGAUUAUCAAAUAAUUGUUUUUACUAGUCGCCUUGAUUUCACCAGCCCAGAAGAUGAAUAGAAAGAUACUAGCGAAAGAUUAUAGUCACAACUUUACAUUAUGUGUAACUUCUCUUAGUUUCUUUGGUUUCUUAAGAUUCUUUUUGUGUACAUUAAUGGUUUAGGAACUAAUUAAUUAUGAAAUAAUAUAAGUGAAAUGAUUGAAUUAGUAUUA